GGAGACACCCCCGCCCGCCGCAGCGCCGCCGCGCGUGCGCACGGCAGGGGCGUGACGCCGGCGGCCGUUGGACCAUGGCGACUGUGGCUGAGCUGAAAGCCGUUUUAAAGGACACCUUGGAAAAAAGGGGAGUGUUAGGACAUUUAAAAGCAAGGAUCCGUGCUGAAGUUUUCAAUGCCCUGGACGAUGAUCACGAACCACGACCAUCAUUGUCUCAUGAAAACCUUCUAAUUAAUGAAUUAAUUAGGGAGUAUUUGGAAUUCAACAAAUAUAAGUUCACAGCCUCUGUCCUCAUAGCAGAGUCUGGUCAACCCAUAGUUCCAUUGGACAGACAGUUUCUCAUCCGUGAACUAAAUGCCUUUGAAGACUCAAAGGAUAACUCAAUUCCUCUGUUAUAUGGAAUUUUAGCCCAUUUCUUGCGUGGUCCCCCUGACGGCAUGCAGAAUAACGUGCUUCUGACAGAGUCGACACUCCAGCCUCCAAACAGGCGUCCCAGCUGGAAGCCCAACAGAAGGCCGAAGGAUGACCGCCUGCGGAAGGACACGGAGCUGAGCACCGUGACUGAAGAGCAGAGUGCUGCUGCACAGCCACUCAGUAGAUGACACAUGCAGCCGGCAGGCUUCUGACCGCAGCUGUGCAUGAGGGUCACUAGCUCCUUACUCCCAGCACCAUCGCCUAGACCACUGUAGCACGGGAGCCUCUCUGUAUUCUGCCCCUCAAGGGUUACUGCGUCUGUGAAAAGCUGAUGCCAGAAGCCACUGGAGAGAAAAAAAUGUGUUGUUUUCAGGAUUUCUUUUCUUUUCUUUUUUUAAGACAGGGUUUCUCUCUGGCUUUGGCGGCUGUCCUGGAACUCGCUCUGUAGACCAGGCUGGUCUCGACCUCACGGAGAUUCAUCUGCCUCUGCCUCCCGAGGGCUGGGAUUAAAAGUGUGUGGCGCCAGCAUCACCUGGCCUAAAGUUGUUAAGUUUAUUUUUUGCCCCUUUGUGCAAAGGCCACCUCUAGGGCUGUGGAUACGCCUCCAGUAAAGCACUUGCCUUAAAUAUGUAAGACCCUGGGUUCAGUCCUAGCCCUGGAGAAAAGAAAACAGAAGUACAGAUAUUUGUCUAUAUGCUCUGCUCAUUGAAUUUCCUUCAGCUAGACUUAUGUAGACCUGUGGGAAAAUUCAUUCAUGUUUUGAAAAAAUAUUUAAAGUACAUUAACACCAGAACUUAUUCUAUGAAGUUUUGGUUUUUGUUGUUGUUUUUUUUUGUUUGUUUGUUUGUUUUUAAGAAAUGUCUGAAUUACUGUCUGCCCUGGCUAAUUUUGUCUCAGCUUGACACAAGCUGGGGUCAUUUGGGAAGAGGAUCUCUCAACUGACAAAAAUCCCUCUAUUUGAUUGACUUUUGGGCAAGUCUUGUUCAUUUCCUCACUAAUGUUUUCAUCUGGGAGGUUCCAGCCCAUAGUGGGUGAUGUCACCCCUGGGCAGUUGGUCCUGGGUUCAGAAAAAAAAAACAGGUUGAGCAAGCCAUGGGGAGCAAGUCAGUAUGUAGCAGGCCUGUGGUGUUUCCCUGAGUUCACUCGGUGGUGGCCGUGAUGUGGAGCUGUCAAUUGAAAUAAACCUUCUCCUUCCCAGGUUGCUGAUGGUCAUGGUGAAAACCACUGCCUAAUGUUGAUCUUUAAACAAAUAGCAAUGCUCUGUCCCCAAGAAGAGAGUUUGGCUUCUACUAGGGGAUUUCAUGAUAAAAUAAAGGGGCAAAUAAUUCUUUUA